AUGAAGUUCAGUUCAUCUCUCGUUGUUCUCUCCCUCUCUGCUCUCGGCCUGGCCGCACCCACUCCUGGAUGUGGCUCGGUUGUUGAAGCUGAUGGAACAACUACCAAGCGUUGCAACAUCCCUUGGACUAAGAACUACGGCGAAUACGAUGAGAAGCGUGACGUUGAGGAGCGCGGCUGCGGCUCCUUCGUUGAGCCUGAUGGAACCAUCACCAAGCGUUGCAACAUCCCUUGGACCAAGAACUACGGCGAAUACGAUGAGAAGCGUGACGUUGAGGAGCGCGGCUGCGGCUCCUUCGUUGAGCCUGAUGGAACCAUCACCAAGCGUUGCAACAUCCCCUGGACCAAGAACUAUGGCGAGUACGACCAGUAA